AUGGGGGACGUGAAGACCCCAGACUUUGAUGAUUUGCUGGCAGCAUUUGAUAUUCCUGACAUUGAUGCCAUCCAAUCGAGUCCAGAAGAGGAUGGGGUGUCUACUAAUGAAAGAAAAAGUUCCUCCCUCCCAGUCUUGCCCACUUCACACACUGACCCUUCCGCUGUCAGUGUUAUCGUGAUGAACACAGUGCGACCCUGUGAAAAUGAUGAUGACGAAAAAUCCAAUCUCAAAAACACUGAUUUAGAUUCACAUGACAAGAUGGAACGCACAACCUCUGUGGCCCACAUUGCCAAUGGCUUUAAUGGGUCUGAUGCUAGUGACCAGCAAGGAUCCAGUGCAUCACCAUGGCAGAAGCAUUCACCGCUGAGGUUGAACAAUGAUGACGAAGGGAAUGCAACGGAGGUUAACUCGGUCAGACAUGCAAUUGAAGAUGUAAGUAGUUUGCCUCAUCCGCCAAUGGAGUCUACUCAGUUAUCCAGUCCUUCCUCUCCGCAGUCUGGCUUACCUCUGAAGGAAGAAGCACACCUACUCCCUCAGACACCAUCUUCCCCAUUAUCGCACAAUAGUGGUGUUUGCAAAAACAAUACAGCACACUUGGACGAGGAUGACUCUGAACCAGACCUGGGUAGCCCGCUUGUGAUCCACGAAAGCCCAGAAUUCGUCAUGCCGUCGCCUCCAAAGUUGAAACACAGCGUCAGACAUCAACCUGAGUUGUCCAUAUCCCCUGAGACCACCCCGUGCACAAGUCCGAAUUCUUAUGGCAGCGCAUCUCUCGAAGCGUUGCCCGAGCAGGAGGGGAAACCUGUUUCUCUUUCAGCUCCCCAGCCACCAGUUCCGCAGAACUGUCAUCAUUUGGCACCGGUGCAAGAGGAGAAAUACCCAGAGCACGUGAUCGAUGAGAGGGACUCGCCUGAGAGUCCGCCACCCAGUGAGACAGGACUUGCGAUCACCAAGACAAACCCUGAGUCAGAGAAGGAGAAUAUGGACAGUGAGCCAAUACAAGAUGACAGGCCCAAUAAUAGUGAGAAGACUGCUGGUGAUGGUGAAACUGUAAAUGAGAUCUCGUCUUCUGACACUGUAUCCGCUGAGACUGCUCCAUCUGACUUGUUGCCUCUUAAAGUUAAAAUCAAAGUGCCAUCUAGGAGCUUUAACAAGACCACACUUAAAAGUGCUCCAAGAGACAAUUCUAAAAGUGCAGAUUCUUUUAAAUCUGCCGCACAGACUCGCAAUCCAAGAUCCAAGAAAGGAGGUUCUCAGAAAUCUCUUGCAGGACUUUCAGAAAUGACGGUCAAAGAAAAACGCUCAAUGACCAAACGUAAAGCUUCCCCCACAGUUGGCAGUGUUGUCAAAACCACAACUCUUCCUUCAAUGACUGCUUCAACGACUGCAACCGGCGGUGUCAACCUGCGCUGCCUGGGUCAAAAGACUCUCCAGAGUUCCCCUCAGGGCAAUAGUCGACCCGCAUCAAUAGUCAACAGCAGCGGGGCCAUCAUAUCUAAGAGCCAGACCAACCUAGUGGAAAGCUUCAAUAAGAUUCUCACAAAUAAGAACCUGCUGCCUAACUAUAAACCAGACCUUAGUUCCCCGCCUCCUGCUGAGUGGGGGCUUCCUCUGCCCGCUCAGGGUUAUCGCUGUUUAGAGUGUGGCGACGCCUUUGCCCUGGAGCAGAGUCUGGCCCGUCACUAUGACCGACGCUCACUGCGCAUCGAGGUGACAUGCAACCACUGCGCCAAGCGACUGGCUUUCUACAACAAGUGCAGCCUGCUGUUGCACGCCCGGGAGCACAAGGAGAGAGGCCUGAUCAUGCAAUGCUCACACUUAGUCAUGAAACCUGUGUCCUUGGAGCAGAUGAUAAGCCAGAAUGAACCCAGUGGGCAGUCCACCCUCCUGGCCAAAGCAAAACAUCAAACAUCUCCUAACAAGAAAUUUGAAGCAGUGCAGCAUCCUGGUAACAAAUGUGCUGAAUGUCAGGCUCAAUUCAGCAGCAAAACAGAAGUGGUCCAGCAUUUCCAAGAAAUCAAACAAGCAGAAAUCACACCCUGCAACGAAUGCUCCCCUCCUAUGCUACUACCCAACAACUGCAGCGCGGCAGCCCAUCAGCGUAUCCAUCAAGGCAGCUCACCGUGUGUUUGCCCUGAGUGUGGCGGGACAGCCAAGCAGGCGGUCUUUCAAGCACAUCUGGAUCACGCCUGUUUGCACUUUUCACGGCGCAUUGGAUACAGAUGCUCCAAUUGUCUGGUGGUGUUUGGAGGGCUGAACUCUGUAAAGUCUCACAUCCAACAGGCCCACUGCGAUAUUUUCCACAAGUGCCCCAGCUGUCCCAUGGCAUUCAAAUCCGCACCAAAUGCACAAAGCCACAUAAGUGCGCGUCAUCCCUCCUCAACUGAAGGCCAGGCCAUGUUGAUCUACAAAUGUGUGAUGUGUGAUACAGUUUUCACACACAAGUCCUUGCUAUAUGUCCACUUUGACACACAUUUAACCAAUCAAAAGGUUCCUGUGUAUAAAUGUCCUGAGUGCACCAAGAUGUUUCCUCAGAGAAGUGUACUAAUGGAACAUUUCAAAUGCCACAAGUCAUCCGAGCAAGAUUUAGCCUGCGUUGCUGCUGCUUGUCCUCAGCCUACGUUCAAGUUAGAGAGUUCAGACGGGGAAGAAGGCAUGGAGGAAGUGAACACAGAGACAACGAUCGACAGCACAGAUUGGAAAUGCGUUCACUGCCACGAAUGCUACUCAGACCCAGAAGAGUUCAUCAGCCACAUGGCGAAACAACAUGGAAAGAUCCUGAAGAACUUCCCUUGUAACAAAUGUGAGAGCUCCUUUUCUUCAGCAUCUAGUCUGAGACGCCAUAUGCGCGACAAACACAAGUCCGGGACUCUCUUCCACUGCCAGUUUAGUACAUGCAGCAAGAAAAUAUUCAGCAGCAGAGCAAUGUUGGACAAACAUGUCCAGCUUCGACACAGCACAGAAACGAUGAGCCAGGAGGGUGGCACAGAUGAAGCCGAGAGCUCCUCGGAACACGACGGCGCUUUGCCGACUCGCCGCAGACGCCGAGCUGCCGCUAAGACAGAGCAAGACGAGGACUCCGUUCCCAUGAAAAAGUUACGACCAUCCUCUGCUCCUGCACCUUACUCACCACCCGAGUCUGGUUUUCGCUGCGCCCCAUGCGGCUUCACCACAGAGGACCAGCCUACGUUUGAGACGCACAUUAGCCAGCAUCGAGGGGCGGCAGAAGAUGGGGGGCAACAGUGUGCUCAGUGUGGUGCCUGCUUCACUUCGAACAACUCGCUGGCACGCCACCUUUUUAUUACCCACAAAGUUCGAGAUGUGGUCACAGACCAACAACAAGGUCUGUCAAUGGGCCCUGCGACAUCCCCCGUUAACAACAAGAAGCACGAUGAGAACUCUCUCGGCUCUCCUGCGUCGCCCUCCUCUCAAAUUCAGGGCAAGGGAGAGGAUGACACGUUGAGCUGUAGAGUAUGUGGGAAACAUUUUGACAAGGCCACGGAUCUGAACACGCACUUCAGAACUCACGGCAUGGCUUUUAUCAAUGCGAGAAACACAGGAAAACCAGUUUAG